AUGAGUGGAGGCACUGUAGCGACCAAUGAUGCCGAUGAUGUUCUCGGACAUGUCCUUCUUGGACAAGAGCCAGCUUUUGCGGCUUUCGAGCCAUUAGUGCCAGCAGAUAUAACCAUACAAAAGCUGUGGCGCUGGCAGCCCAAGAACGACACGCUCCGUAUCGCAGGAGAAAGUGGAUCCGGUGAAAGCGAUUUUCCUAAUGAACGUGACUCUGAUCCUAAAGGUGCAGUCGGAGAUGAAGAGUUUCAGACGCGUAGGAAUCGCUCACUUUCUCCAUCUCAAAGCUCUAGCUUUAGGGAAGAAGCUCUUGCAAAGGCAGAACGUACCGUCGAGGACGGAAAACGUCAAAGAGCGGCGGUUGUAGAGCGCAACGCCCGUGCUAGGGUCGAAGACGGGGCGGAAGUAGAACAACGUGCGAGAAAACUACGCAAAGAAUCUCGCCUUUUCAACAAAUCAACAAUCGGAGGAAACAGCUUCGAUGACCGCAGGCGUUCUGAGAAAGGGUCACAACGGCGUAGAUUACUGCCCUCAGCCAGUCGUUCUUCUAGCAAAACACUCAAAGACGUGGAGGAGGACAUUCCUCCGAAAACAGCGAUAAUAGAGGAAACCCCGGGAAAUUUUGGAAAUCUUGAGCCGCAGGUGCUAGAUGAUUCUUCAAGCAGGACUCGUGACGACCAAGAUAGCCACAGGUACCAUGAAGAGCAGAUUGCACAAAUCCGACAGGGGAUAGACGACAUGAGAAGUCUCGAAACUCAUCAAGCAAGACUUCUCAAAGAUGUGGAGCACAAAAUAGUCUUGUUGCAGGCAAACACGUCGCAAACAGAGAAGCCUAUCUCUUCUCCCGCUCAGCCUAGUCUUCAGCAUGAAAUUACAGAACUCGAAAUCCCUGCUCUUCCAAGACACAGGAACAUUUUGUUGGAAACAGGGGAUGCGCAAGAUGAAUAUGUAAACAAAAAACGUAAAGAGGAGGUAAAUACUCCUGACAACAGCCCACGCAACUCUCAAUCUAGAUUGGCGGACUUCAUGACGGGAACGAUCGGCUUCAUCAUUCCCAUAGUGUCACAAAUCUCGGAAUAUGUCACCAAAGAGCCGCCCCUGCAGGAUGGACAGACGCGCAUUCGUUGGACAUGUCAAUGCGGCAGCCUUCUAUGGGAUGAUUUCUCAGAGCUACGUCCAGGCGCAGUGGAGGCUUUGCGCAGAAGUCUCCAUUUCCCUGAUAUCAUGGGUGACUUCAACGACGCAAGUACAAGGCGUCGGCAUUCAAAGGCAGCUGAGAAGAGGAUCACACAUCUCCUCGACGACGAUAGUGAGACGUCUUCGCUUUCUGACGCGCCACCGCAGAUACCUGGCUAUAUCUCCGACGACGAUAGCGAGACGUCUUCGAUUUCAGGCCCGCCUCCCCAGAUUCCUGGUCAUUUCCCGGAAGACAUGGAUGAUGCUCUUUCAGGCUCCGAGGUGCCGGGGCAGAGGUCUGGCCAUGCAAACAUUGGCUUGCCGACCACUGGCGACCCUUCGGGCAACCCGCCCAGUGGUCACGCUGCAGGCGAGCAAGAUAUCGUCCCAGGCCAAGAGCAUAGGACUACGUCUAGUGGAUGGUCAUUUGACUCCAUUUAUACUGAAAAGAAGUAUCUACUCUUGUGUAUCAGUCGGAAGCAUGACACUCUGCGGUUGUUACAGCUAAACGUUGAAAACAUCGGUAACGACUUCCAGCUCUUCAAGAUGCUUCGAGACGUCUAUACGAGUCGGCUCAAUCCUGUUUCUCGCUACAUCUCCUUGCGCAAGCUAGGAUCAGUCAAGUUCAGAAAGGCAGGUGGACCUAUCGAGCGCCAUCCUCGAGAACGCGUUGUAAUACUCGCAGGUCAAGACAUCCUCCCACAACGAAGCAACCCCAAAGUUUGCCAUAAAGACCACGCGUACCCAAAAUGUGACACCGCCUACAACAUUGAUCCCUCACCUCCAGAUCUCGACCCUUACGUAGGCCGCAAUGGACUGGAGCACCUGCUGACGCACCCCCACGAAGCAGAGGAAGACGGCAAUCUCCCUCCCGCGCAAAAGGUUUGGCUAAGGCGAUUUCCAAAGAAAGAGAAAACAAAGCUGACGACUUGCCCGCCAUACCAAUACGGUCUUGGUUGGGCUGUCGAACUCGAGGAGGAGUGGAACAUGAGCUGGUUGAUGAAGGCGAUUACGAUUUUCCUCAUGCUUGCUGCAACAACUUUUCUCGUCUGUUGGUGGAGAUAUAAGGGUGAUGUACAAGGCGCUUCUGGCAUGGCAGGCCUAUUGGUGUCUUGCGGAACGCUGUUGAUGGCUUACUUCUCUGCCGUCAGUCUUGUUUGA